AAUUUUAAAAAAAAAGAAAAAAAAAACUACUAAUUUCUCCAUUUCUUAUGGUUUAUAUAUAUAUAUAUAUAUAUGAAAUCUAUCCAUCCGUUUAUCUCUUGAGAAGCAAGAACGAAGGUUUCUCUGGUGAUUGGAUCUCCAUGAUUAGGGUUUCGAGGUCUUCGAUGGUACCCUAGGGUUUCGAGAAGGAAGGUGGGUUGGAGGAAUGGCGGAGGUUCGGCAGAAGCAUGAAGUUGUUGCCGGUUGUGAGUUCCGGCGAGGGCUUGAGGAAUUUGUUCGUGACCAUAUCGAUGGCUGCAUGUCUGUGGCGUUUGCGUCUUGUAGUGGGGUUGGGGAGGAUGAAGAUGGUGUGGAUAAUGCUGAGCAGCUUGCGAGGCGGCGGAGGAGGUCGGAUUUGGAGGGGGAUGAUUUGGCGGAGUCGUCGGCGGCGGUGAGAAGGCAUUCGAGGAUUUUGAGCCGGUGGGUGGCGAGGCAGGCGGAGGAGAUGAUUACGACGAUGGAGAGGCGGAACCGGGAGUCGGAGCUUUUGGCUUUGGCGGGCUUGCAUACGGUGUCGAUGCUUGAUUCGUCGUUUUUGCGUGAGCCGCGGCGUGCGCAGCAGCAGUCGGUUCCGGUUGAGCGGCCGCGGGGGUCGUCGUCGCUUUUGCAACGGUGGCGCGAGCUGGAGAGCCGGGCGCCGGAGCGGCGUGGUGGUUUGGUGAGCGAUAGUGAGGAGAUUGGGUACCCGCAGUGGGUGCCGGGGUCAAGGAGAGAGGCUGCGGUGGAGGAUGAUGGGAGGUCGAGCAGGGAGCAGUCUCCGGAGGUCGGGGAUGGGGAACGGGAGCGGGAGCGGGUGAGGGAGAUCGUGCGUGGGUGGAGGACGGAGAGUGGGAUGACGGCUGAAACGGGCUCUGGUGUCUCACCGAGGAAUGAGAGCCCGCGAGGGGAGUGGUUAGGUGAGACUGAGCGGGAGAGAGUGAGGUUGGUGAGGGAGUGGGUUCAGAUGGCUAGCCAGCAGAGGGGUGCGCAGGCGGCUAGCCGGAGGGAAGAGAGGGAUUCCCGGGCUGUUAGCCGGAGGGAAGAGGGGGAUGUCCAGGCUGCUAGCCGGAGGGAAGAGAGGGAUGUUCAGGCUGCCAGCCGGAGGGAAGAGAGGGAUGCUCAGGCUUCCCGAGCUGAACGCUUGGAGGGGCAGCAGGAGCACAUAAGGAGAGACUUGCUGAGGCUGAGAGGGAGACAAGCGCGCCUUGAUCUGAUCAUGAGGAUUGUGAGGGAAAGGCAGCGGGAACUCCAGGGCUUGUCAGAGCACCGGGCAGUUUCAGAUUUUGCUUACAGGAAUAGAAUUCAGUCACUUCUUAGGGGUAGAUUCUUGAGAAAUGAAGGCCUCCCUGAAGAUGAAAGACAACCAUCAGCAGCGGUGAGGGAACUAGGUCAGCUAAGACAACAUCAUCCCGUCUCCGGUCUAAGUGAUGGGGUUCGCUUCAGAUUAGUGAAUUCUGUUCUUGGUCAAGCGAAUGAAUCUGAUACUUCAGCAAGCCAAGAUAUCAAUAUUUCUUUAGAUGAUCAGUCUCAGUCAAGUGUUGUGGUGGAAUUAUCAACUGAUAAUCAUGAUCAAUCUCAGUCUAAUAGUGAAGAUAAUAGUAGGCAGCAAACAGCAGAGACGCAUACCACAUCUGCGUUUGAAAGCAAUUCCCGGAGUGAAAAUAUAGGUUGGCGAGAGCCUGGAACUUUUGAAGAGAAUUUGCGAGAAAAUGAAGCUCGUGCACAGGACUGGCAACAAUCUUCUGAGAUUGGCUAUAGUGGACAGCGUGCUAGCUCUGGUGAAGAGCUUAUUGAGGGCUGGCAAGAAAACAUUGAUCAUGAUUGGCCACAUGAAACACCAGAAGAUGAAGAUGGAGAAGAUAGUCAUACUCUGGAAGCACAAGAGUGGCAUGAGGCUGAUUCACAUGCGUCUAGAGAAAAUUGGCAAGAUGGGCCCUCAAUUUCUUUGGGAGAUCCACAGGCCAUACUGAACAGAAGAUUCAACAGAUUUAUUCCUUCAGAUGAUGACAAUGUAUACAGUAUGGAACUAAGAGAACUUUUAAGCAGGAGAAGUGUUUCUAAUCUUCUCAGAAGUGGAUUUCGUGAAAGUUUGGACCAACUGAUCCAAUCUUAUGCUCAACGUCAAGGUCGUGCUCCACUUGAUUGGGAGCUAGAAAGAACCUUACCUACAGACUUGCCAGAUGAAGAUCAUGGCCAACAAAGAGAUGAUUUGGAUCAUGACCAGCAGGAUGAUGCUGUUGCCAGGCCUCCACUCGUGCUGCCAACUCCUCCAGUACCGCCUCCUCAGCUAUUAUGGCACUCAGAAUUACAUCAUAAUAGUUGGGCUUCACAAAGCAUGCAUCGAUCAGAAAUUGAAUGGGACAUCAUUAAUGAUUUGAGGGCUGAUAUGGCUAGACUUCAGCAAGGAAUGAGCCACAUGCAGAGAAUGUUGGAGGCUUGUAUGGAUAUGCAAUUGGAGUUGCAGCGCUCUGUUAGACAGGAAGUCUCUGCAGCUUUAAAUCGUUUUGGAGAGCAAGAUGCUGCUGAGGAGUCAUCUGAGGAUGGAUCCAAAUGGAGCCAUGUGAGGAAGGGAACUUGUUGUGUGUGUUGUGAUACUCAUAUCGACGCUCUUUUGUACAGGUGUGGGCACAUGUGCACUUGUUCAAGGUGUGCGAAUGAACUGGUUCGAGCCGGAGGCAAGUGUCCGCUGUGCCGUGCACCGAUCAUUGAGGUGAUUCGAGCCUACUCCAUACUGUAAAAAUAUAAUCCCUGUUAGGUAGAAGAAAGAAAAGGAAACCACGAAGCUGGGGCCAUGAAUUUUGCUUUUCCGGAAAUCGCUCGAAAGGUUCGUCCAUGUUGUAUCUAUACAUUUUGUUCUUCAUCAUCAUCAUCAUCUUCAUGUCUUUGUUCUUGUAAUUCUUGGAACGAUGAAUUUGUUGAGUGAACUCCAAUGGCACCUUCAUCAUUUA